AUUUUACAGUCUUCAUUCGGGAGGGGUGUGCGGAGUUAACGCUUAACUUUGCCUGUCUUGACGCACCGUGCACACUUUGCGCGUGGCACACACACACACACACACCCCCGUCCUCCUCAGAGGGCCCCCAUGGAUGUCUCUCUGGUGGCCGCUCUGUGCGGGGCUCUGGUGUUGGCCUGGCGGUUGCCCCCGGGGCAGCCUCUCGCCCUCUCGCUGGCGGCGAACCGGUAUUUGAAGGAGCCCCGCGUAGAGCCCCACGAUUACAUGAUGUCCAUCUACAAGACCUUCUCCACGGCUGAGAAGUUGGGACUCAAUGCUAGCUUCUUCAAGUCCUCCAAAGCGGCCGACACCAUCGCCAGUUUUGUGGACCACGGACAAGAUGAGGUCCCGCUCUCUCCUCUUAGGAGGCAACGUUAUCUCUUUGACGUCUCCACCCUCUCAGAAAAAGCUGAGGUCUUGGGAGCCGAGCUGAGGCUCUACACCAAAUUGUCGGGCGACUUGGACCAGUCAGAACCGGUGGAGCUUCGUCUUCUCUCGUGCCGGGACCGGCAGCCCCUGGACUCCAAAACCCUGGCGCUGCAGGAACGCUCAAGACCCAGAUGGGAGGUCCUGGAUGUGUGGGAGCCGUUCAAAGAAUGGAAAAGACAAGAGGAGAGCGGCAGCAAGCACUUCUGCUUGGAGCUUACGGCCGAGUCGGACAACUCCGAAACGGAGCUGGAUCUGACCCUGCUGGGGCUGCACCGGCAUGGUGCCAGGCCCCGGCAGAAGAAGGCCAUCCUGGUGGUCUUUACUAGAUCCAAGCGGAGGCAGACACUCUUUGCCGAGAGGCGGGAGGGCCGAACCAAAGGUCGCAGCCCGGGGUUGAAACCCGGCCGCAGCAGGCGGACGGCAGCGGCGCCCAAGAGCCGCCACGGGAAACGGCACGGCAGGCGCUCCAAGUCCAGGUGCAGUAAGAAACCCCUACGGGUAAACUUUCGCGAGUUGGGCUGGGACGAUUGGAUUAUCGCCCCGCUGGACUACGAGGCCUUCCACUGCGAGGGCGUGUGCGACUUCCCGCUGCGCUCGCACUUGGAGCCCACCAACCACGCCAUCAUCCAGACCUUGAUGAACUCCAUGAACCCGGGACAAAUGCCGCCCAGCUGCUGCGCCCCGGCCAAGCUCAGCCCCAUCAGCAUCCUCUACAUCGACUCUGGCAACAACGUGGUCUACAAGCAAUACGAGGACAUGGUUGUUGAGGCGUGCGGGUGCAGGUAAGACUUCGGAGCCCGGACCUUCAGCAGCUUCGAAUCCUGAAAGGUUUCAAGAGACUUAAUGUGGAGUGCAUGCUUAUGUUCCUGCGUUGUUCUUCAUCAGUAUGUCCAUCAAGAAAACGUUCCUGUUGCUUUCAAGCUUCCAAACUGACUCAACCAAAACACAGAUUUGUAGAAACAAAAACAAGCAGAGAGAAAAUGUCAAUCAUUCAUUUCAAGUUGUUAAACAUUAAAUGGGGUCAAAUUGGUUGUGAAGAUAACAGGUGUGUUUAAAUGGUUUAUUUGGGGGGGUCAUCCAUCUUGUUCAAUAAAACCCUUAAAAUUAACAUUUUGGGGGAAGUACAAAAAUUAAUGGGACAAAUUUCAAGGUUCUUGUUCUUAGCAUAGACAUUAUGCAAGUUGUUUAACAUGUUUCAAAAAAAGCACUUAAAAAAACAAUUUACAUUUCAUACACUUUAUAUGAAUAAAUUCAUUUCAUGUUAAACUAUUUAAAGCCAAAAAUAUUAAAUGUACUCCACUUCAUUUUAUUGUAAUUACAUUAAUCAAUGAAAAUGAUGUUCUAGAAUCAAUUAGUUUUUAAGUCCAAUGUGAUGUCAGAGUAUUUCAACACGUGCCCUCGCAUUUUGCCGUACCGUAUGUAAAUAUUUGACGCGCAAAUGAUAAUUUAAGCUUUUUUUUGAGUAAGUUAUUGCAAAUGCAUGCUGGAUGUUUUGUUGUCACACAAAUAUGUUGCCACGUCGGCCUGAAAAUGAUCAUUUUAGGCUCAAGCGUUAUACAUCAUGCUUUUAUAUUUGCAGAAUAUUGUACAAUAUUGAUUUUUUUUUACAGUUUUAAAAUUGUGCAACUGAAUCAUAUGUUCAUAUGAAAUGUAACGCAAGACAUCUAGAGUAAAAAUUAAAUGAUGUGAAAA